GUCUCCUGGUUAACUUGGCAGAAAGAACCAACAAACACUGGAAACUUUACCAACAAGAUAAGAUAUCAAAAUUCUUCUGUGAUUUCCAUUUUUUCUUCUUUUCUCAAUCACCUUGUAAAUUCACAAGUAUUUUCUCCACUCUUCACUCUUCAACUUUUUCCAAAUACCCUUUCGAUAAAAAAAGUCAAUAUUAGAGAUUAGAGACCAAACAUCAAAAGUAGAUGCAUCAAUCUAACAUGAUAUCUCUCUUCACCCAAAAACAACCUUAAAAAAAGACACAAAUCUUUGACCUCUGAUUCCUCUUCAACCAUGGAUCAAAAAGUUGAUUGGUCUCAACUCCCUACAGAGUUAUGGCCAAAGAUAGGAAAAUAUCUUGAUAAUCACAUGCAUGUUCUCAGAUUUCGCAGUGUUUGUGAAUCAUUUCGUUCUUCCAUCCCUCCUUCUCUUCCAAAUUCUCCUUCUUUUCCUUUACAAAUACCUCACCCCAUCCACAUCUCCCUAAACACUCACCUCACCCAAUCAACCAUUUAUCUUAUUGAACCAACCGGUGCAAGUUCUACCUCCAACUUAGCAUCUUUAGCACCUUCUACUUCUUCUAAAUGUUGGUUGAUUAAGGUACAAGAAUCAAAGAAUCUUCCUUUGAGUUUGUUGAGUCCUAUCUCUGACCGAAAAUUAUCGUACCCUCCAAGCAAUAACAACACUGCUUUUAAGCUGUGGAACUUGUUGGAUUAUAGGGUCAUUGAGCUAUGCAAAUCAUAUACAAUUGAAAAGAUUACACAUUUUGCAAGUUCUGUUCGCAAAGUUGUGUUCUAUCCUAACUCUCCUUGGACGAAUGUUGAAGAUUGUGUUUCUUUUUGCAUCUUUCAAGAAGGUAAAUUAGGAUUCAUGAAGCAUGGCGACCAAAACUGGAAACUUGUGGAUGACAAGAAUUUCUACUACGAUGAUGUUAUUGUUUUCAAGGGUCAGUUUUAUGUUACUGAUAAGUGGGGAACUAUUUCAUGGAUUGAUGUUUGUUCUUUGAAAUUGAUCCAAUUUUCACCUCCUUUGUGUGGUUUGGGAAACAAGAAACAUUUGGUGGAAUCUUGUGGGAGUCUUUAUGUUGUUGAUAGAUACUAUGAAAGUAGUGAAAACAUGAGAAGGAACAAUGUUGGAAGACGCCGCGAUCGAGACGAAGUUGUGGAGUGUUUCAAAGUUUAUAAGUUGGAUGAAGAAUGGGGGAAAUGGGUUGAUGUGAAAAACUUGAGAGAUAGAGCAUUCAUUUUGAGCAAUAGUUGUAACUUUUCGGUUUCAACUAUGGAAUUAAUUGGAUAUCAAGGGAACUGCAUCUACUUUAGGGGUAAAUUCGAUGUUCGUGUGUGUAAUUUGGAUGAUCAUAGAAUCACUACUGUUGAUUUUUAUCCUUCCAUUGACAAUACUUUGUGGUUGCAUUUACCUUGGAUGAGAUGUUAGAGGACAUAACAGAACUAGCGACUCGGUUUCAAAGGUACAUUUGGAUUUCUCUAUCUGUAUUGGUUAACACAGUUCAAAUACAUGGUUAAUCACAUUCAAUAGAUGGUUAAUGAUUUACAGCAACUUGUUAUAUUUGUUAAUCAUCUUUUGAACCAAAUUAAACAUAUAUUUGAACUAUGUUAAUAAUGUAAUGAACAAAUAAACAGCGUGGAGAAGGGUUAAUAAUUUAGCAGGAACAGAGAUGAUAAAAGAAUAAAGAAAAUGAACAAGAUGAAUUAAAAAUCAAACAAUGCGGUGAGCGUGGAUCGAACACGCGACCUUCAGAUCUUCAGUCUGACGCUCUCCCAACUGAGCUAUCCCCGCUUGUUGAAAAUUUCUCGAUGCUUCAAAAUCGGUGCUUCUGUAAAGAUCACAUUUUCUUUACAUUUUGUACUUGGAUUUGCAGCAGGUGAGAAACUAUAAAUGAUAAUUCAUGUUUGAAUAUUUAUGUAAAAAUGAGUUCAAUAGUCAA